AUGAUGAAUAAGGAGCUAAGUGAAGAAGCACUGCUAGAUCUCUACGCUUGGAUCGAUAAAAUAAAAUUCUCCAGACCUAUGAGGAAUAUCUCCCGCGACUUCAGUGAUGGAGUUAUGGCUGCUGAAGUUGUGAAGCACUUCUUCCCCAAACUGGUGGAGCUACACAACUACACACCUGCACACUCCACUCAACAGAAACUGAGUAACUGGAACACACUAAACAGGAAGGUUUUCUCCAAGCUAAAUUUCCAUCUACCAGUGGACACUUUAAACAAGCUCACAAACAGCACCCCAGGCAGCAUUGAGCUGGUUCUGUGUGCCCUCAGAGAGAGAUUAGAGCGCAAAAAAGCAGGGAGAGUUUUAGAUGGAACCCAGGAUUUAGAAUGCAACAGCACUGUAAAUGAAAAAGCAAAAACGGAAAAUGACCAGAGCACCCUUGAAAAUUCUCACAAGACAGCAGGUCCUGCGAAAAAGAUACAGAAAUCUAACCCUCCGAUAGUACCAGGUGAAAAUGUAGACCCAUCCUUCCGCUUGCUUUUGGAGGAGAAGGAGCAGGCUCUGUUGGUUUUACAGGAGACUGUAGAGAUUUUACAGAUAAAAGUGAACAGACUGGAGCAUCUGGUUCAUCUGAAGGAUUUGCGCAUUGAGGAUCUGACUAAGCGCUUGGAGAGAUAUAAAACCCACACCAAUAUUCCAUGAACGCCAG